CAUCACCAGACAUCCAACGACCACUCGACUCACCUCAUCUCACGUCUCCUCGCCAUGAAGUUCACCGCCGCCGUCUCUGCUCUCGCUCUCGCUCUCGUGCCCGCGGUCCUCGCGCAGUCUUCCGUGACGGUCGCGUAUGACGAGACGUACGACAACGGCAGCCAGUCGCUGAGCACCGUCUCCUGUUCUGACGGCACCUACGGCCUCGAGACCAAGGGCUACACGACGUUCAGCUCGCUUCCCGAUUUCCCCAACAUCGGCGCUGCCGCUGCCGUCUCCGGCUGGGGCUCCGCCGAGUGCGGCUCCUGCUGGGAGCUUGAGUACAACGGGAACACGAUCUAUGUGCUCGCGAUCGACCACGCGGCAGACGGGUUCAACAUUGCGCUCGCGGCGAUGAACACACUCACCGACAACCAGGGCACAUUCCUCGGCCGCGUGACGGCCACUGCCACCCAGGUUGACGCGUCUCAGUGCGGUCUGUCAUGAGAUGUUGGCACAAGGUGCAUCUGAGUGGCUCUCGCAGCUGCGAAAAGCGGUCAAUGGCCUUUCGCAUUGGAUGGGACCAUCAAUGGUCGAUAAAUCAUGGACACUCCACGAACUCUUGCAAUGAUCCCCUAGCUACAGCUCGUGCAUAACGGACUUACGGACUCUUUGUCGCUGCAAUGUUUUGAUGAUUGAAUGGACUUUGCUUUGCAUCGGU